GAAGGAAGAAGAGAAGAGAAGAGAAGAGAAGAGAAGUGAAGAUAUGUAUAGGAAGCAUCUCUCCUCCAUUGCCAACGAGGUCCUCCAGAGAUGUGCAAAGACUCUGAACACUUCCGGAGAAGGUCUAAUUGAAGAGUUCGAAGUGGGAUGGAAGCCAGAAAUAAAUGAUUAUUCAAGAAAAUUGGUGGAAUUUUGCAGCUCAAAGGCUCUUAUUAACAUUUGUUGUAACUUAGAAAAAAAUAUUGUGGAUGGGUUAUUCAGCCGGGUCACCUUUGAUAUGAUGCUUGCUUGGGAGAGACCUACCUCAGCAGAUGAAGAAUCAUACUCGGAGAGUGUGGCAAAGGAGACGGAAGAUAAGAAGAUAGCUCCAGUAGGGAGUGAAGAAGAUGAUGAUGUACCUCUUUUCUACUCUGAUCUCAUGCCUCUACUUGUGGGAAAUGAACCAAGCGUUGGGGGGGAUUCUAUUGUGUGGUUAGGUUCCUUGGUUCCUUUAGUCGUUGAUGUUGCAAAUGGGCGAUUUACUUUUGAAGCAUUAACAGCAUCUACAGCAAACCGGCUCCACUAUCCUGCUUACGAUAGAUUCAUAACAGAAGUCUACAAAUGCAGCGAGUAUUUGAAAAAACAAGCUACACCAAACGGCAUAAGCCUCAGAGAUGAUGAGUUUAUAUUGCACGUAGAUGGAACUGCAACAACACAAAGAGUUAUACGACACAUUGGAGGAACAAGUUGGCCAGGUAGACUGACCUUAACAAAUUAUGCUCUUUACUUUGAGGCAUCGGGAGUUGUAUCUUAUGAAGAUGCACUCGAGAUUGACCUGUCAAAGGAUGUUGAUCACAGUGUGAGACCAGCUUCCACAGGACCUUGGGGUGCUCCGCUUUUCGACAAGGCUAUAAUUUAUGAGUCCACCCAAUUGAAAGACAAUGUGGUGUUGGAGUUCCCAGAGAUGACGAGCUCUACCAGACGUGACCUCUGGCUUGCAUUGAUCAAGGAAAUUAUCUUACUGCACCGGUUCUUACUGAAACACAAGAUUGAAUCUCAAAUACAGGCAUGGGAGAUGCAUGCAAGAACAAUAUUAGGAAUUUUAAGGGUCCAUGCAGCUAGAGAGAUGCUAAGGUUAUCACCGCCUGCUCCAACUAGUUUCUUAAUCUUUUCCUUGUUUGAUGAGUUACCCAAGGGGGACUACGUGUUAGAAGAGCUAGCCAAUGGUCUGAAGCAGGUCAAUAACAUCCACCCAUGCAGUCCAAGCUCUAUCCUCAGGCAACUGAACAUGUUAAACCCCUGUGUCUCAAGUACAGAGGUUAAAGAGGGGGUUGAAGAAAGAGUUCAAGACCAAAGUGAAAAUCUUUCAUCAUUAGAUACCACAAUUAAUCAAGUAAGAGAGGAGGCGAAGGAAGUCAGUAUUGCAAAGUCUUCUGUUGAGGGGUUGAAAGAGGAAGGAAUCAGUGAUAGUUUCUUAGUUCUAAUGGAGCUGUUAAGGCCACUUAAAAGCAUGUUAUUGCAGUGUCAAGGAGUCCUCAGAUGGGAAAGACCACUAGUUACCUUCUUUGUACUUUCUGUGACUCUCAUAGUCAUCUACAAGGAGUGGAUAGGUAAGGCGAUAGCUGCAUCCUUGGUAUGGGCAGCUGGUAAAAUGCUCAAGGAAAGACAUGAGAGAAGAGGAGACGAACGUACCAAGAUUGUGGUUCGCACCGGCUCUGACCAGACAACCAUGGAGACCAUUGUGUCGGCACAACAUGGAUUGAAAUCUGUCCAGGAAAUGGUACAAACUGCAAACAUCACAAUAUUGAAGAUUAGGUCCAUAUUAGUCUCAAGGUCUCCUAAGCACACCAAUCAAGUGAUGAUGGCAAUGAUCGGAUUAGCAGUCUUGUUAGGAGUGGUCCCAUUCAAGUUAUUUCUCAUUAUCCUGACAUUGCAUUGUUUUAUUAUGAAUUCAAAGAUCGGGAUGUACCUUUCGAGUGACCAAGGUAACAGGCGACUGAACGAGUGGUGGGAUUCAAUUCCGGUUGUUCCUGUGGAAGUUGUAGACAAGAAAGAUUAGAUUUUUUUCUUCUGUAGAUCCAUCUGAAUUCCGUAGAUUCACAGCUGUUUUAGCUUCUUUUUGUCUGUACUGUGAAUACGAUCCCAGAUUUUUGGUGGGAAACAGGUUUCUAUAUUUUGGUUGCAUCAGCCUUAUG